AUGUCUAAUUUUAUCCGCAAAACUGUUCUACUUGGAAGUUGUCAAGUAAGAACUUCUCCAGGAACUAGUAAUCUAGGGUUUGUUCGAAACCCAGAUUUUCUCCCUCUAAGAUGGUUCUCAAGUAGCUCAAAUCAACCCUCUUUUACAGUCUCAUACCUUAUAAACGAACUUGGGUUCCCUCCAAAAGCCGUUUUAUCAGCUUCUAAGUCUGUUAAUAUCGAGAGUCCUGAUAAACCAGAAAAAGUCAUAAAGUUGUUUAAGAAGUAUGGUUUCUCUCAGACCCAAAUCUCUAGCAUUUUCAGAAGAAGGAGUCAUCUACUUUUAGCGGAUACAGAAAAGAGUAUUUUGCCCAAGUUGGAGUUCUUUGAUGCCAAAGGCGUCUCAUGGCCUCAAUUUGCCAAAAGUCUAUCUCUAUUCCCUACUGUUUUGAGUAGGAGCUUAGAUAAACAUAUAGUGCCCUCUUUCGAGUUCCUUAGGAAUUUUCUUCAGUCUGAUGAGAUGGCCAUUGCAACUGUCGAAAAGUAUCCGAAUAUACUCAUCGUAAAUGCUCAGAAAUGUUUAGGCCGUAACAUUGACAUUCUGCGGGAACAUGGAGUUCCUAACUCCAACAUAGCUAAACUGAUCCCAAAAGUUCAGAUCGCUUUCGAGAGGUUGCUGAGGAAGUGA